AUGUCCACUCUUGUUCCCUGCAGAGACAUUCAUCCAGACACCAUCCAGAGAGUCAAUACUGACAUCUCCAAAGCUGCCCAAUCUCAGUACCACAGGAAUACAAGAUGCACAGAGGUCACCGUGAAUGCUUCUCUGAAAUCUGAAGUCUUUCUCCCAUGUCACUUUAAUAUAAGCCAUCACAAUGAAACCGAGAGUGUGAAUUGGAACCGUUAUUCCAGUCUUGUAACGAUCAGGAUUAAUGGCAGAAUCUUCUUUCACAGUCCUAGUGAAGGACGAGUGAAUGUUUUUCCACUUCUAUCUAAACAUGGAAAUUUCUCCAUCCUCAUCCAUGAUCUGCAGUCUUCAGACAUUGGCACCUACACAUGUCGGCUGAACAGUGAAUGCUGGAUGGUGAAGAUCAAUGAACGUCCGCACAGAAUCAAUGAGUCAAACCCCUGGUUCUACUUUGCAGCUGGAGCUGGAUUGCUUAUUCUGCUUUUUAUUGCAUUCAGCCUGUUAUCAAAAUUCUAUGGGAAGUGUGUAAAUACAUCAUCCAAAUCUGAUCCAGUUAAUGGCGUACAGAGUGAAGGUAGUAAUUCCCCCGAAGAAACACAGAAUACAGAAAGCAGUGGACAUAGAAACAAGAGGGGUGUGAGGAGGGGUCCCACAACUGUUUAUGAAAAUGACAUACAUGCUCCAAAUCAAAGUUCUGCUGUGCAGCAGGGGCAACAUCCUCAGAGAGCAUUCAGGGCUGCUCCUGAGCCAACUACAAGUCAUCCUUCAGAUGUAAAACCAUAUUAUGUUAACCAGGCGGAGCUCUCCAUUCCAGCAAAUGCUGGCAAAAAACGGAAAAAACAAAAACAUAUUCAGUUUAAAAAUCCAAUAUACAGUGACUGAAGUGAUCAGAAGUCAACGACAGAAUCCAGUUCCACAGAAUCCAGAAAACACACGUUUCAGACAGUUCAAUAUCUCAAUAAAUGCUGAUGUUUAACAUGGUUCAUG